UGUGGAGGAGCUCUAGGCCGGCGGUGGUGGUGGAGCUCGAGAGCACAAGACACACGCGCACGGGCUGUCGAGCCGGCGGGCUUUUAGACGGUCAUCCUACGAGACCCGGAGCUUCGAUUUCCCGUCUCGAUCUUAUUUUUGCCAAGGCGCGGUUCCGGAUCUGUCAGCUGCGGCGAGCUUGAUCGAUCUAUUUCGUCGAUCAGUGUUUUGUAAGAUGGCUUCACUCAAGAGGACUGCGCUGCUGCUGCUGCUCUCUUCGCUGCUGCUCCUUUUCGUCACCGCCCCUUUUGCAGCUGGGAGUGAAGCUGUAAACGAGGAGGAGGUCGGAGGAGCUGCCGACGGCGGAGAAGUGGGACUGGUCGACGAGGAAGUCGAUGAGUUCUUCAGCGGCGACUCACUGGGAUCUGCACCAGGAGUUGAAACAGUGUUCCAUUUUCCGAAAAACACCGAAAAGAUGAUCACUGCGGGAGAAUCUGCGGAGAUUAUCGUUGGUUUGAGGAAUUCUGGAGAGGUCCCUCUUAAAGUUACUUCUGUCAGAGCAAGUAUCAAUCUCCCUUUUGACCACAGGAUCUUUGUCCAAAACUUCACUGCACAGGAAUUCGCCAACGCCACUGUUCCCCCUGGUGUGCAAGCAUCCUUUGCAUAUUCGUUCACUAUCAGCAAGUACUUGCAGCCUGGUGGUUUUGCUUUGGUCGCAAGCAUCUACUACGACAUUGAUGACCAGCCACACAGGACUGUCUUCCACAACGGUACAGUUGAGGUGAUCGAGGCUCACGGCUUCUUCAGUGGCGAGACUCUCUUCCUCAUCACCUUGGGAAUGGGUUUGCUUGGUCUCGGUGGAAUGUGGCUCUACGGUCAAGCCCAAAAGUUUUCGAAGAAAACUAGAAGAACAAAGAAAGUUGAAACCGGCACUCGCAGCACCGACGCCGCCGCCAACGAAUGGCUCCAGGGAACUUCCUUCACCGCAAAGCGACCGACCAGCAUUGCCAUGUCCAAGAGCAAGAAGAAAAAGUAGAAGACAAGCCUUGAACUUUUUGAUCGUGAGGCGAGUUGUCUGGAUAGUCGGGUCUUGGCAAGGGGCUGGCGUGUUAGGUCAGUAACUUCUGAUCAGAGAGUUUGGGUAUUAGUCAGCAGAGAGGCACCACCGCUGGGUGCACGGCCCUUGAGUUGCUGCUCCGGCGCUGUUAACGAUUUAGGAGAAGCCAGUGCCUUUCAGAGCUCGAGAUGCACAAUCUUAGAUGAUUCUAAACAGUUUUGUUCUGUAUUUUCAAAACUUGUGUCACCUAAGUUCUAUGUAGUGUUGAUGUUAACAGUGAAGAGUAGUACCUGUAUCAUGGAGAUGCUCUGCGAACAAACUGUUGUCCAUACCUCCUAGAAAAGGUUACGAUAGUCAUCAAUGGAAAUUGAAGUUAGGUAGACAGAGUUGAAAGCCUGAGAUGUCCCCAUUAUGAUCGACAUCGAGCAUUUCAUGAGGAGCCAGUCGCCGUUGUCCUUAGCAGCUGCUGAUUACCGAAUUGAUCUUCCAGUGAUUCCCAACAUUGGCAAUUGUAGUGGGAAUUCAAGAGAAAUGGAAAUGGAAAUGGAGAAGGCUGGCACUGAUAACACGGAAGUCACAUGUUUCAACUGAGACAGAUAUUGGGUGUUGAGAUCAAGGUCAGUGGCAUAGCGGUAGGCAUGUUGGUCAAUUGUUCAAGAUCGAAGGUUGUGUUCCUACUAUUGGUAAUCUGUUUAUCUAAGGGGAUACGGUUGAUCACACUUAUUAUGGAGUGCUCAGGAAAUGCCUGUGAAGUUGUCGAGCUUUGAGGCAGUUGUUGCUGCCAUACAAGUACUCUUUGGGAGCUGGAGCUGAUGGCAUGAUUAUGUUUGAUAACAAGAAAGAACCCUCUCACAUCCAAAUAAGCUGAGUGACCGGGGAUGAAGUUGCAUGAAGUUGGCAUCGAAAGCAGUUCUUUACAACGAAAUCAUGUAGACAUCUCUGAUUGCGCCCAUUGGACGAUGGCUACUUUUGGGAGAUGGGGAACAGACUACUACUAAAUUUGUAAAGGCGAAUUUCUUGAUCAAAAGCAAAGCGUCGUCGAGGGGAGGGUCAAAGCGUGCAAAAAGAUGUGGUUGUUACUCAAGAUCACAUUACAUCGCUACAUCCGCGCAGGAACGAACAUCGAUUUAAACCUUAAAAAGUAGAUAACCAAGUGACAGGGUUUCGUCGGUAGGGCACGGACUAAAGGUAAAUCUUAUUUGAAUAGGUUUGAACUUUUCAAAGCUAUUUUCCGAUCCAAUCGUAAGGUUUGAAGAAGCGAGAUGUGUAAGUGCUCUUCGUUUGUAUUCUUUUAUAUUGAUGAAUAGCUGAGUCUCAACUCAAAUCAGUCAAGAGGGGUUGCCAUGUGAAGAGUUUAUCUGCUGUAUAGGAAAUGGUAUCAAGAGGAAGGCAAAAUGGAUUAAUGUCUUCUUAAAACCUACCAAGCUUGUAAGUUGAAGAGAAUUUGACUUUUAUUGUAUAAGUGUGAUAAGAGAAAAAUGAUGUUACAAAGUUCUUCCAUUUCACACAAAAUAUUUAUUAGAGUAUCUUUAAUGUUUAGUGAAGAGUUUCAUGAUCAAAAGCUUAUUUUGACCAAGAGAUCUUCAGUCCAAGUGAAA